CUACUUGAGCUCAAUGUUCUUUACAGUGUCUUGAGUGGACUCUAGGAUGCCAGUGCUGCUGGCCAGUCUUCUGAUGCUGAUCUCCUUGCAAAGGCUGGCUGUGUCCCACCUCAUGAUGGAUAUGGCACCGCAUUCCUUUGAUGACCAGUAUCUGGAGUGCAGAGAGCAGGUGAUGGAAGAACUGGAGCGAGGACACUAUUUCCAAAAGGAAAUAGCUGCUAACAAGGACUAUUUAAGCCUCUGGAAGAAGGCUCGGGAGGCUUUGCUAAAGAGCCCUGUAGGUCUCCUGAGGGAGAUGCAUGAGAGCCAUGCCAUAGUCCUCAUGGCUUACACCAUGAACUCUUCCCUGCACUCUCAGCUGAACUGGGCCACAUCUACAGCAGGAAGCUCUCCAGAGCACUACAGAGACAACUUCAGUUUCAAAUAUUUUCACUUUUACCUAACGACUGCUAUCCAGAUAAUGAAGCAAUGGCAGAGCAGCAAGGAGAGCAUGGGGAAACGUAAGUGCUACCGGGUGCACAGGGGUGUAAAGGACUUGCAUAUUGAGGCCAUGGUAGGCAGCAGGGUGCGAUUUGGCCGUUUCACCUCCACCUCCCGCCUCUGGAAUGAAGCCCAGAAGUUUGGGAAUGAAACUUUGUUCACAGUGACCACUUGCCUGGGAGCAGCUGUGCAAGGUUUUUCUUACUACACAUCUGAGAAGGAAGUCCUCAUUCCCCCUUAUGAGGUAUUCCUUGUCAAAAGCUUCUUUCGGACACAGCAUGGUAACCGACUGCAUCUGCAUUCUGUGGGGAACUACAGCAAGUACCACUGCCAGCUCGUGGAAGCUUCAAGAAAAAAGAACAGCGGUUCCACUGCCCUCGCCUCUGCCUUUCUUCCUAGUGUAGUUGGAGUUUUCAUGUGCUUGGCCCACAGUGACUGA